UUUCGGGUGACUGAAAAUCCAGAUGGAGACCGACCUGAGACUGGAGUCAAGUUUGUGGAUCGGGAAUAAGAGAUACCUGGCUGUCCUGACAGGCUGGCAUCUCAAAUGGACCGAGGCGGACAAGAAGAACCGCGAUAAGAAAACAGUUUCAGUUCCUGUGGCCGAGGUGGUUGGAGUGGAGGAGGGCCGGGUGGAGGUCCUGCCUCACAAGUCUGUGGAGGACACAGAUAGAGACUUCACAGUUUUCUAUGUAAGGCGCAGCAGCAGCAGGACUUCCUCUGGGCUGUUGUGGAGACUGGGUCGGACCCAGUUCACCUGUCCCAGUCGGGUCCUCAGAGACCAGUGGACGAAACACCUACGGACAGCCCUAAAAACACACAGUCCCCUCCGUCCACACAGGCUGCUGGUGUUCAUCAACCCAUUUGGAGGGAAGAAAAAAGGAAGGCAGAUCUACCACUCACUGGUUGCCCCUGUGUUUGAGCUGGCUGGCAUCAGCUCCCAUGUAAUAGUGACUGAACGAGCCAACCAGGCCAGAGAUCACCUCCUUAAGAAAGACUUGACGGGUUUUGAUGGUGUGGUGUGUGUGGGCGGCGACGGCAUGUUCAGUGAAAUACUUCACGGUGUGAUUGGGAGGACGCAGCAAGAGGCAGGCCUUUGCGAGAAUGAUCCUGCGGUCGCUCUGCAGCCCUGUCCACUCCACAUUGGGAUCAUCCCUGCAGGCUCCACAGACUGCGUGUGCUACACCACAGUAGGAGUGAUCGACCCCGUUACCUCAUCUUUGCACAUUGUCAUUGGAGAUUCUCAGCCUCUGGACGUGUGUUCUGUUCAUCACGGUCCCGGUCAGGUGCGAUACUCUGUGUCUCUUGUGGGCUAUGGCUUUUAUGGCGAUGUGCUAGCCGAGAGCGAAAAACACCGCUGGAUGGGACCCUUCAGAUACGACUACUCAGGUGGAGUGGUGUUUCUGAGCAACAGAAGCUACAGGGGGACAGUGCAGUAUCUGCCAGCUGACCCACUGAUGUCCAGCCCAAGAGAUAAGACUCGCUGUUUGUCCGGGUGUGGUGUUUGCGCCAAAAGCACCGAGAGACUUUUCACAAACUCUUCAGAUUCUGGCUCCCUGUACAGCUCCAACUCUGGUCCGUUCAGUAAUGACUCGGAAGAUGAGUGGGUCAGUGUGGACGGCAGGUUCAAGUCUGUGUCUCUCACAUGUAUGUCCAGCUCGUGUGCCAAAAGUCCUCUGGGUCUCUCUCCCUCAGCCCACCUGGCUGAUGGAACAGGAGAUCUCAUCCUGGUAUGGGACGCAAACCCCUUGGGAUUCCUUACUUACCUCUACAGGCACACAACCACUCAGGACCAGUUUGAGCUGCCGUUUGUGGAGGUCCAUCGUGUGAAGGCGGUGCGCUUCACUCUGGCAGGAGGCGGAGAGGAAGCCGAGGACAGUGAAGGUCUGCAUGGUGCGAUGGAUGGAGGAGAUGGAGCAUAUGUCGAAAAUGGAAGCAUGGCUGGAUCCCAGCAGCACCUGGCAGCAGGAGCUAAUGGACAAAUGAUGACAUGUGAGGACAAAACUACAAGCCCCUUCACGUGCGGCCUUUGCUGCAGUAAAGCUCCUGCUGUGUCAGUCUGGAACUGCGAUGGAGAAAUUCUGCCUUUCCCUGAGAUCUGCUGCAGGAUUCAUGGCCAGUUGGUGCGUCUGUACGCCAGGGGCAUCGAGGACGGGACUUUGUCAAAAGACUGCACCGAGGAGAGGGACGAGUGCAACAGAACAUGCAUAACACCCAGAUGAAAUCUGAUAAGCGAUUAAAAAAAGUAUAUCAGUUUGUUGUUUAAAGGUUUUUAAAAUUGAUAACACUGCAGCAAGUCCUGCAGAUUUUCAUUGCCAAAGAGUUUCUCAAGCUUCAGGCACUUUAAUUCAUACUUUGUCACUGUAAUAUUUGGAAAAUAAAUAUUUAUUCCUAAAGCU